AUGGAGACUGUAAAAAUUGUUGGGUUGUACGGAAGGGGUUCCGGGGCAUUGCACUUCCAGGGCGGGUUUUCGCUGCAGACUGCUCAUUACCCGGCUAGCAAUGCAAUCGGGGUGAAGGAGGAGGGGUUGCUUUUCGUACUGGCAGUCAUUUGUUCCUCGUCCAUCGCUGCGGGUUUCCGGAAGCGACGGCGCCGUUUCCGUGCUAGCGGACGACUAAUGGGUCGCUUGUAUUGCGAGGAAAGAAAAUACGGGCCAGCGUGCAGUUCUUUCUGCGGCCCUAUACUCGUUUAUCAUGAGGUCACGGACACGCUGCAGUAUCGUCGGAAAAUGCGGCAGUUGAAGGUCCGGAUGCUGGACGGGGCCGUCAAGACGAUCAUGGUUGAUGAUUCUCAGCCCGUGGCUAACCUCAUGGUUGUUAUCUGCACUAAAAUCCUAAUAACAAACCACGACGAGUAUUCACUGGUACGAGAAAAAGCCGAAGAGGAGAAUGAGAGACCGUUGCCUUCCACAAACUUUGGGACGCUUACUCUUCGACGAAAGAAGGAAGGGGAUCGGGAAAUUGAUCCGAAAAUGGAACAGCUGAAGCGGAAGCUCAAGACGGAAGAUGAAAGCAAGUCUUUCGAAUUUGGUAUUGACGAGAGCGAGACGUUGUUACUGCGUCGCAAAUACUUCUUCUCUGACCGCAACAUCGAUUCCCAUGACCCAGUUCAGUUGAACCUUUUGUACGUGCAAUGCCGUGAUGCCAUAAUUGACAGCACGCAUCCGGUCACCGCCGAGAAGGCCUGUCAGUUUGCUGGGCUUCAAUGCCACAUUCAAUUCGGUGAUCACAUUGAGCAGAAACAUAAGCCGGGCUUUGCUGACGUGAAAGAAUUCUUGCCGCAGUGCUACACCAAAUUGAAGAGCAUUGAAAAGCAGAUAUUUUCAGAGCAUGCCAAGCAUCGCGGCAAGACGGAAAUAGACGCUAAAGUGGAGUACUGUAAACUGGCUCGUGAGCUGAAAACUUACGGCGUGUCCUUCUUCUUGGUCAAGGAGAAGCAGAAAGGGAAAAAUAAACUCGUUCCACGUUUGCUGGGGGUCACGAAAGACUCGGUUUUACGAUUGGAUGAGAAGACCAAGGAAAUAUUGAAAACGUGGCCUUUGACCGCUGUGAAGCGUUGGGGUGCUAGUCCCAAUACUUUUACGUUGGACUUCGGUGAUUACUCCGACGGUUACUAUUCGGUUCAGACUUCUGAAGGUGAACAAAUCUCGCAACUGAUUUCUGGAUACAUUGACAUAAUCAUGAAAAAGAAAAAAGCGAAGGAUCACUUCGGGAUCGAAGGUGAUGAAGGAAGUUCCAUGGUGGAAGAGUGCGUUUCCCCUCUGAGAACUACAUAUGUGCAACAUCAACGUCCGGAGGAGAGCACGAAAAUUUCUACGGAUUCCAUUUCGAAGCCUGCUUUGCUGCGCGAAGCAAAUGGCGCCCAAACUUUCGGCCGAGGUCACAUGGAGGGAGCUCAGUUUGGAAUGACGCAUGGAACGGCAUCAGUUGGUCACUCAGCUCCCUUGUCUUCCACCAAGAGUCCUGAGGUUUCUUGUGCGGUCCCGACGCCACAAAGGGCUCUGAUUUCAACGAUCAACGCUGGUCAGGAUGCCAUCAAGGCUGCUGAAAGAGAACUGGAUACUAAAGCCAAAUUACCCGAGCUGGGAACCGAUUCCGCAUCGAUGAAAUGGCGUCAAGUUACUCUUGAUACCAAUAAGCAAAGCGUGACAUCGCAGAUUGCAGCGAUGAACGCAGCCACAGCCCAAGUGGUAACCUUAACUGGAUCGGAUGACGUGGACCACAAUGCAGUGGGUGCUGCGAUCAGCACGAUCACGUCAAAUUUGCCGGAAAUGACCCGCGGCGUUAAGAUGAUAGCUGCUUUGAUGGAUGAUCAAGAAAAGGGUGAACACUUGUUCGACGCCACGCGAAAGCUGUGCGUAGCAUUUUCGGAUCUGCUUCGCGCAACGGAGCCUGAAAAUCCUUACAUCCAUUGCUCGUUUUCCACACAGCCGCGACAACAUUUGCUGACUGCUGCCAGUCGAGUCGGAGAGGCGUCUCAUCGUGUCCUGUCGACCAUCGAGGAGGAAGAUGCGGUUGACAAGGAGGUGCAAGACAUUCUCUUGGGUCUCGCCAAGGCUGUGGCGAACGCUACGGCUGCGCUGGUUCUCAAAGCGAAAAAUGUCGCAGCUACAUCCGGAGAUGAAACGCAGAACAGGAUCAUUGCUGCUGCAACCCAGUGUGCAUUGGCCACUUCCCAGCUUGUCGCCUGUGCCAAGGUUGUUGCGCCGACGCUAGAAAGUCCAGGAUGUCAGGACCAGUUGAUGGAAGCAGCCCGCGGAAGCGCAAUUGCGGUGGAAGGUGUAGUUGAAACGUGUAGAGAUGCCACGGCUGAUGAAGCCCUACUGAAUGACCUUGGAGGAGCUGCUACUCAAGUCACCCGAGCGCUGAACGACCUCCUCAAUCACAUCAAAACUGGUUCAAGAGAACGUGUAAAGGAAACUGUUCAGGAGCAUGCUGUGGACACUAUUCUUCAAGUUUCUGAUCGACUUAUCGCUGCAACUGGAAAUUCGGAAGAAAUGGUGCAGCAAGCCCGCAUCCUGGCGAAGGCCACUGCCAAUCUCAUUCAGGCCAUCAAGGCGGCGUCGGACGAUCUCGGGUCUUGUUCGUCCCAGACGUCGUUGGGCUACGAGUCGUUGCGGUCGUCGCCCGAAGGCGGCGAGCCGCGAUUCUCCAGUUGGAGCCGUCAGCAGAUCUACGGCCUGCUCUCUCUGCGGGAAAUUUGGCAGGACCAAAAACUUCAUCAGCGCGCCGAUUCCUCCUCGCCGCGUUCCGACUACAUCGAAUAUCCCUGGCUGCCUGUGCACGGUGAACAGGAGCACGUACGAAUUUCAGGCGCAGCUGCAGAAUUGUUUCUCUCUUCUGCUCCUUUUUUCUUGGUAUCUUUCGGUGCUCGGUUUCUGUGGACUGUCGAGUUGAGUUGGGGCGGUGCUGGUGUUCCGAAAUCAGUUCACCGAGAAGUGGGCAGUUUUUUUAAACUUGUAUUAACCGUAUAUUUUCGGCAAAUUCAGGGAGAAGCAGAGCACCAGAAAGAUUCCGAUGUCCAGAAGCGGUUGUUGGCUGCUGCGAAAGUGUUGGCUGAUGCCACUGCAAGGAUGGUUGAAGCUGCGAAAGCAUGUGCGUCAUGUCCUGACGACGCUGCACAACAGCUUGCGCUCAAGGAAGCUGCGCAAAAUUUGCGCUUUGCAACCCAUGCUGCAGCCUCCACCGCGUUGCGGAAGAAGCUCAUCAGGAGACUCGAGAAUGCUUCGAAACACUCAGCUGCGGCUGCUACUCAGACUAUCGCCGCCGCACAAGGAGCGGGACCGCAUAACACGAACAGAGUCGCUCACGACGAGCUCAUGCAGGAUUGUAGAGAAGCUGCAGACAUGAUCCCGAAACUCGUACAAGGGGUGAAAGAGUCUUUGGCAAAUCCGGAUAACCCUUCGGCGCAAUUGAAUUUGAUCAACGUUGCCGAGAACUUCCUCCUGCCGGCUGACAAACUUGUUGCGUCGAGCAAAUCGGCGCUGCCAACGGUGGUGGAUCAUGCCUCGCAAAUGCAGCUUUCGAACAGCUCGAAGCAAAUGGCAUCUGCUGUUUCCGACCUUAGUUCUGCGGUUUCCAGAGCUCGAGAAGCGUGUCGCGCAUUAGAGCUCGAUGCUGCAAUUGACAUGAUUCGUGGACUGGAUAAAGAACUCGUGGAGUUCCAGAAGGUUAUCAGCGAAGCUCAUGUGGUCAUGACGCAGAGCAUUGAGCUAAUUGAAGAAGCGAAGUAUGCGAUCAAAAACCCCGGUGAUCCAACAAACCAUCAGAAGCUUUCCACGCAUGCAAGAAUGGUCUCAGGGUCUCUGAAUCGGUGCUUCAAUUGCUUGCCUGGACAAAAGGAUGUCGACGAGGCAAUUACUGAAAUCGAGGAUUCCGCGAAAAUAGUCCAGUCAAGCAACGGAUCUGCUCCCUCUGGAAAAUCCUUCAGUGAGCUGCAAACGGAAUUGACGACAAUGGCCGCAUAUCUAAACGACGCUUCGAGCGAUGUUGUAUCCACUGCGAAAUAUCCAUCGCAACUGGCUCAGACUUCGAAGAAGUUCAGCGCUGCGCACAGUGACCUCUUGCAGGUUGGAAUAGAAAUGGUGUCGCAGAACCAGGAUCCGGGGGUUCAGCCGCAGAUGUCAUCAUCACUGCGAGCUGUGUCGAAUAUGUCAUCUAAGCUGCUGCUUGCUGCCAAAGCUGUCGCCUCUGAUCCUGAUGCUCCAAACGCAAAGAAUCAACUUGCUGCUGCUGCGAGAGCUGUUACUGAGUCCAUCAACCAGUUGUUGGACGUUUUCACCAGUGCUGCUCCAGGGCAAAAGGAAUGCGAUUCCGCUAUCCGAAAUAUUCAGUCUAUGCAACAUUGGCUGGAUAACCCAUCUGAACCCGUCAACAGCAUGUCUUACUUCGAGUGUCUCGACUCCGUCAUGGAGAUGUCGCGCAGUCUUGGUGAGGGCAUGACUGGUAUUGCGAAUCACGCCAAGCGUUGUGAAUACGAAGACUUCUGCGCAUCUGUGGGAAAUAUCAGCGACGCAAUCUGUGGCUUGGUGGAGGGCGCUGCGCAAGCUGCUUACCUAGUUGGAGUCAGCGACGCGUCCGCCAUUGCUGGCCGUCCCGGGCUCGUGGACCAGGCAGCUUUUGCUAACGCUGCCGCAAGCAUCAAAGUUGCAUGCGAAGAGCUCAAAUGUCCGGCCAGUGACAAGUCUCAGGUACUCCAGUCAGCCACAACCAUCGCCAAGCAUACUGGCACCCUCUGCAACGGUUGUCGCAUCGCAUCUCUCAAGACAAACAACUCUGCGACGAAACGGCAGUUCGUCCAGUCUGCAAAGGACGUCGCAAGUGCGACGUCUACGCUUGUGAAACGUAUUAAAGAGCUGGACGACAAUUUCUCCGAUUCGGGCCGUCUGAGAUGCGCAGAAGCAAUCGAGCCUCUAGUCACGGCCGUGGAUAGUCUAGUUACUUACGGCAGCUCGCCGGAAUUCUACUCUGUCAAAGCGAAGAUACCCGCGCAGGCCCGUGUUGCCCAGGAACCGAUCACUACUGCGGGAAAAAAUAUUAUUCGGGGUUCAUGCUCAAUGUUGGACUCCGCCAGAUUGCUGGUGGUGAAUCCGAAAGAUCCUCCGACUUGGCAAAACCUGGCUGGUCAUUCGAAGAGUGUUUCUGACGCCAUUAAGAAGCUGGUUUCAUCCAUCAGGGAUAAAGCUCCGGGACAAGCAGAAUGCGACUCAGCAAUCGAGGUCGUAAGCGCGUGUAUUCGUGAACUCGACCAAGCUUCGUUAGCUGCCAUCGGUCAGGCCUUGUCUCCUCGCAAGGACAACUCUCUCAAGGGAUUCAAUGAACAAAUGGAGAACGCGACCCGGGAAUUGCUUUCGAAGGUGGACCCGGUGCAAAAGGCUGCCAAGGACUGUGCAGAAAGCUUGGGUCAUUCUGUCACGCAAUUGUCGACUUACUUCUCUCCGCUCACGUCGGCAGCCGUUGGUGCUGCGUCCAACAUGGUGAGCGUCAAGCAGCAGACUGCCAUGCUGGACCAGGUCAAGUCCGUCGCUGAGUGCGCGCUGCAGUUAUUGUACACCGCUAAAGAAGGUGCUGGUAAUCCGAAAGCCACUCAUGUUCACUCUGAGAUCAAUGAAUGCGCUGACUCGUUGCGGGACGCCUUGCAGGACCUCACUCUGAACAUCGAACAAAUCGCCGCCGAAGCUGGAGUUGUCACGAGUCUGCUGGAACAAUUGGCCAAAGCCAUGGGCAAGAUAGACGACAAGUACAUCGCCUCUCCCAACGACAGCUUUGUUGAUUUUCAAACACGCAUGGUCAACUCUGCGAAGGAGAUUGCCAAGACAUCGCAGGACAUGGCAGCCAAGUCCACUUCAAACGUACAGGAUCUGGGCACCCUGGCGGCCAAGCUGACUAGCUAUUACUCUGAAUUGGCUCAGGAUUCGCGCGGGGCAGUAAUGUGUACUUCGAGCACGGAAGUGGCUGGCAGAAUUCGCGUUUCCGUGUUGCACUUGGGCACGGCUGCCAGCAUGCUUGUGCGGUGCGCUGGGGCUGUUCAAGGAUCGCCACAUGAUCCUUUUUGUCAGAGGGAUUUGACUGAUGCUGCUCGAGUCGUUUCCGAAAAGGUGUCCGAGGUGCUUUCAGCUCUCCAGGCAGGUUCCCGUGGAACACAAGCCUGCAUAAAUGCCGCGUCAACGGUAAAUGGAAUAAUUGGCGAGCUGAAUACAACAAUCAUGUUCGCGUCCGCCGGAACGCUGAAUCCUGAGAAUGACGAGGUGUUCGAUAAUCAUCGAGACGAUAUUUUGAAGACAGCGAAGGCCCUAGUUGAGGAUACGAAGACUUUGGUCGCUGGAGCAGCGUCUUCCCAAGAACAGCUCGCUGUUGCAGCUCAAAACGCCGUCGCGACGAUUGUUCAGUUGUCAGAUGUGGUGAAACUUGGCGCUGCUUCUUUGGGAUCUAAUAACCAAGAGGCUCAGGUAAUGCUCAUCAAUGCCGUCAAAGAUGUGGCUUCUGCGCUCGGAGAUUUGAUUCAGUCGACGAAAUUCGCUGCAGGAAAGAAUGCGAAGGAUCCAGCCAUGGAAGCUCUGAAGGAAUCUGCAAAGGUGAAUUCAUUUUAUUCUUCGAUCAUUUUGUUUCCUGCUUUUAUGCCCAAAGUGGGUGUGAUCGUUGCCGUUGGGUGUUGUGGAAGAUGCUGGGGUUGUGUGAGAGGCUUUUGGUUGCGCUUGGGCUUGACGGUGGCGACGGCUGCGGCGGUGUCAGAGGUGAUGGUGACGAAUGUGACGUCACUGCUGAAGACGGUGCGAGCUGUCCAGGACGAGCACACUCGUGGCACCCGCGCUCUGGAGUCUACGAUCGAGGCGAUUGCGCAAGAAAUACGGGCGUUUGAUUUGCCUGAACCUCCGGCAAAGACAGCGACUCCGGAGGAACUGAUGAGAGCAACAAAACCAGUGACUUUGGCCACUGCGAAGGCUGUGGCCGCUGGUAAUUCAUUGAAGCAAGAGGACAUCAUCGUGGCUGCGAAUAUGGGUCGCAAAGCCAUUUCCGAUCUUUUGACGAUAUGCAAGGGUGCGGCUUACGACGCAGAUUCAGGAGAAUUGAAAAGGAAGUCGCUGGAAGCCGGGCAUAAUUGUGCGGAAACGUAUCGGGAAUUGUUGACGAGGUUGAUGCAAAUUGUAAUGAAGCCAAGCCCUGAAGGCAGGCAUCAGUUGACCGAAUUUUCCCGCAAUAUGGCAGCAUGCGUCCAAGAUAUUGUAACCGCCUCCGAACAACUCAAAGGUAGAAUCAUUUGCUCUUCGCAUCUCUGCUUUGAGAGAUUCUCUGCAAUUGUGAUUUUGAUAUUUUUUGAAGGCUCUGAUUGGGUUGAUCCGGAUGAUCCCAAUGUGAUUGCCGAGAACGAAUUGCUAGGUGCUGCGCUGUCUAUUGAAAAAGCCGCGAAGAAAUUGGCUGCGCUACGCCCGAGACGAGGUCCAAAGGAGGCGGAUGACUCUCUCAACUUCGAUGAAAUGAUUCUUGAAGCUGCGAAAUCCAUUGCAGCUGCAACUUCUGCUCUAGUCAAAGCCGCAAAUUCUGCACAGCGAGAGCUUAUCGAGCAGGGCAAAAUGAGUCGUCGACCUAGGUUUACGUCAGAUGACGGUCAGUGGUCCGAAGGCUUGAUUUCUGCGGCGCGUUUUGUCGCCGGAGCAACACACAGCUUGUGUGAGGCGGCCAAUGCGCUUGUGCAAGGCCACGCGACGGAGGACAAACUGAUCGCUGCCGCGAAACAAGUCGCGUCAACGACCGCCCAACUCCUCGUGGCUUGUCGGGUCAAAGCCGACUCUGACUCAGCUGCCAUGCGCAGGCUGCAGGCUGCCGGAAAUGAAGUGAAGCGAGCGACAGACAAUUUGGUCCGAGCCGCCCAGCAGGCCAUCGACCAGGAGGAAGAGCGGAACCUGAUGAUUAAUACGCGAAUGGUUGGAGGCAUCGCUCAGGAGAUUGAUGCCCGAUCUGAGGUGUUCCGACUUGAGAAAGAGCUUGAAGAGGCUAGGAACAAAUUUGCGUUGGUGAAGAAGGCCAAAUAUCGCGGUGGACAAAGCGAUGGCGAGGGCGACUACUCUGGUUACGAGUCCUCUUUCGCAUCCUUCAAUGUUACCCCGCAAAAGAUUGUGGGCCUUUCUGCCAACAGCAACAUGGCGCAUCUGCACUCGACUCCUGUUCCUUUGGAAAGCCCCCAACAGGUGACCCAAGCUCAUUCAUCCUCCAUGUCUUCGUUCUCGUCUUCGUCGUACCGCGUGAUGCGCAACGGCGAAGAAGUGGCGGACUCUUCCUCCGUGGCGUUCACGCAGUUGAUGUCUCCCUCAAGCGCCCAUUCAGUAAGCGUUGGUCCGCCGCCACCAGCUCCGCCACCGCCGCGCUCUCCUCGCCUCGACUCCUUCAACCGCCCCAACUUCAACAAGGCGCCGAAGCCCUUCGAGCCUUACAAUCCGAUUGGCUUGGAGCGCCAGGACAGCUACCGGCGCGAACCGGACUCACCGUCCGGAAUCGUAGAGCAGCCUCUGCUCAACGUCAUGAAGGGCAAGUCAAUCUUCGAGACGUCGAAGUCCCUUAUCCAGCAUUUGCGAAUAUCCUUCGACAAACGGGGUUUCAAUCCAACACCACCUACCGGUAUCUCGUCUCAAAGCGGACAACGGUGGAUUGAACUACGCAAGUUCAACAGCCAAGCAUUGAUCCAGUUCGGCACAUCUCAUGCAGAUUUUGAGGCCUUCCUAGAUUCUGAAAUAGCAGCACUUCUAGAAGUGAUGAGUCAGAAUGCCCUGCAUCAUACCAGUUCCCAGCAAUCCAGACAUUCAUUGGAUAAACUCACCUUUGAUUUCAAGCACUAUCUUCACGGGUUCUGCGUGAACAUUCUUAUGUGGAUCACUUUUCGACAACGGAUGGACUACCAUUCGCCACAGUUCACGGAAUUCAUUGAAACCACGUCAGAAGUUAUAUCUACUGCAGGCAUCAUCGGGUAUCUGGAUGCUGGACCCAGCUGGCUUUUGAAAGUGCUACCGGAAAGAAUUUCAGGAAUGCGGCAAGCCAAGAAAUGCCGGAAGAUCAUCGAAAAAUUUCUUUUUAACAUCCUGAAGAAAGAGAUUAACAACAGAUUACCGGGUCAGCCGAGACAUGUCGCUGACACUGUCGCUGACAAGCUGGUGUCUUACGAAAAAGCUGAUUUCACCGACAGCGAAAUACAGGAACUCUUAUUGCCACACGUGAAGGAUCUAGUUUGCUCAGCUGACACAGCAGGGACAGGGUUGAGUUGGAGCGUCAUCUAUUUAGCAUCUAAUCCAGAAUGCCAGGAGAAAGUCCACGCCGAAAUAGAUGCCUCUUGCAGUUCUCAUCCUCGACAAAUACCUUCCUAUAGAAAACAACGAGAAAAAAUGCCGUACACGAUGGCAGCUAUUCAAGAGGCUCUGCGUUUGUCGUCCCCAGCUCCUUUAGGCCUCGAGCACUAUGCUAAAGCGGACUGCCCGUUCUCCAAAUUCACAAUUCCCAAGCUGUUGGACCCGAUUUGUGCCCGAAACGCGCGGCGGGGAUCGGAAAGAAGGUCGCGGAAAAGGAAACGCCGCUCGAGAUUCCACGAGGAUGAGGUGCGAGUUCGGGUCACGUUUCCGCCGCGGCCAGGCGGGGACUGUUCCCGUGUUCCGCAGAUACGUUACGACGAAACGAGCUACAGCUGA